AUGGAGAAAUUUCACAAUGCAUCAAAUCGUCGACGAUUUCGUUUUCUUGCUAUACUUGGAAUUCUAUUAUUUCUUAUUGGUUUAGCAUCAUUAAUAUUGACUGUUAUCGAUUUAUUUCACGGUAAACCAAGUGCUUAUAAUUUUAAUGAAUCAGAAGGUGGAUUAAAAAUUGAAAAUCCUCUUUGGCCAUCAUCUGGCAAAGGCUUUUGGGUUGGUCUUGUAUUAAUGGUUACAGGUCUUCUCGGCAUAUUAUCAUCACGCGAAGGUACUCGAACGUCAAUUAUUGGGUUCACAGCUCUUUCAAUUGUAUCAACUGUUCUUUCAUUUUAUAUGAUAAUAACCUGUAUUAUAUCCGUACAAAAUUAUACGAAAUCUUCUGUGAAUCCCAAACCACGUUGGCAAUCAAAUGAACUCAUACUUAAUGCGUUGUUAAUUGCUACUGGUGCACUUGGUUCCAUCGUUGGUGCAGUAACAUCAAUUUUUGGUUGUGUUCAUGGUAAUUGCUGCGUAGAUCAACGUGAUUCAUAUUUGAUUAGUCCCGAUGUAGAUCAAGCUACACCAGGAACACCGUCAUCAAUGAUAUAUCCGUCUGUAAAUGUUGCUCACAUGGGUUAUCCUUAUCAACAAACAAAUUUUAGAAUAUCUAUGUAA